AAGAGGGGGAAGCUCGCCCUGUUUCUAGGCAACCGAGGACUCCGGGUCCUUUGUGGGGUCAGGUCGCCGGACCGAAGCGCCGGGGGAAGCAGCGCCUUUGGGCGGUUUGCACCGGCCCCACGCGUCCGAGAGCUUUGUCCUCUGGGUUUCCGGCUGGUUCUAGCGGGUAGAAUGAAAGAGCAGAGAGGCCAGCUGUAGGCGCGGAGGGAAGUAAUGCAGGCAACCAGAAGGGGCCCGUGGAGGCCCGGCCGGCGUGGCAUCCCCGGCCCUGGAGAGCUUUGAGUCCGUAGGCUAGGGAGACGUGAAACCUUGGGCAUGGAAAAGUACCACGUGUUGGAGAUGAUUGGAGAAGGCUCUUUUGGGAGAGUGUACAAGGGCCGAAAGAAAUACACUGCUCAGGUGGUGGCCCUGAAGUUCAUCCCAAAACUGGGGCGCUCAGAGAAAGAGCUGAGGAAUUUACAACGAGAGAUUGAAAUCAUGCGGGGUUUGCGGCACCCCAACAUUGUUCACAUGCUCGACAGCUUUGAGACCGACAAAGAGGUGGUGGUGGUGACAGACUACGCUGAGGGAGAGCUCUUCCAGAUUCUGGAAGAUGAUGGAAAACUUCCUGAAGACCAGGUUCAGGCCAUUGCUGCCCAGUUGGUGUCAGCCCUGUACUAUCUGCAUUCCCACCGCAUCCUACACCGAGACAUGAAGCCUCAGAACAUUCUUCUUGCCAAGGGUGGUGGCAUCAAGCUUUGUGACUUUGGAUUUGCCCGGGCUAUGAGCACCAAUACAAUGGUGCUGACAUCUAUCAAAGGCACACCACUCUAUAUGUCUCCAGAGCUGGUGGAGGAACGACCAUAUGACCACACAGCUGACCUCUGGUCUGUAGGCUGCAUCCUAUAUGAGCUGGCUGUAGGUACCCCUCCCUUCUACACAACGAGCAUCUUUCAGCUAGUCAGCCUCAUUCUCAAAGACCCUGUGCGCUGGCCCUCUACCAUCAGUCCCUGUUUCAAGAACUUCCUGCAGGGACUGCUCACCAAGGAUCCCCGGCAACGCCUGUCCUGGCCAGACCUCUUGUAUCAUCCUUUUAUUGCUGGUCAUGUCACCAUAAUAACGGAACCAGCUGGCUCAGAUUUGGGCACCCCUUUCACCAGUCGCCUACCCCCAGAACUUCAAGUCCUAAAGGAUGAACAGGCCCAUCGCCUGGCCCCCAAGGGUAACCAGUCUCGCAUUCUACGCCAGGCCUGUAAACACAUAGCCGAGGAGGCCAAGCGAAAGAAAGACCAAAAUGCAGGACCUGCCCUUGAGCAAGAAGAAAAGACUCCUGGCACAUUCCCUUUGCCUGAAGCUAAGGCCCCUCCUCAGAAAUCGAGCAUUUCAGCUGUUAUCAUGGCUUCAGAAAUGAAAAGCAACUGGGCAGAGAAAGAGGCUCAAGCAGCUGCCCUUGCCCCUGGGGAAACACAUGUCAGCCUGGAUUGUGAACAAGCAUCCCCAGAGCUCAGACCAGAGGUGGAGGGUCAGCGGAACAUUGACGCAGUAGACCUAGAAAACGAGGAGCCAGACAGUGAUGAUGAGUGGCAAUGCUUCCUGGAGUCUACUGAGCCUGUGCCCUUGCAGCUGAAAGCCCCUCUCACCCUACUGUGUAAUCCUGACUUCUGUCAGCGCAUCCAGAGUCAGAUGCACGAAACUGGAGAGCAGAUCCUGAAAGAUGUCCUGGAGGGUGCUUCCCAGCUCCUCCCUGCACUCCGGGUCCUGAGCAGUCUCCUGUCCAGCUGCAGUGACUCUGCUCCUUUGUAUUCCUUCUGCCGAGAGACAGGGCUGCCUGAGCUACCCCUGAGUCUCCUCCGGCACAGCCAGGAGAGCAACAGUAUCCAGCAGCAACCAUGGUGUGGGGCCUUCCUGCGGGAGCUGACAGCUGUGCUUCAGGCUUACUUUGCAUGCUCCUUCAAUCUGGAGAGGAGCCAGACAGGUGACAGCUUACAGGUGUUUCAGGAGGCUGCUAACCUUUUUCUGGACCUGCUAGGAAAGCUGUUGGCCCAGCCAGAUGACUCAGAGCCAGCAUUUAGGAGGGACAUCCUUAUGUGUUUUGCUGUGCUGUGUGAAGCCAUGGAUGGGAAUAGCCGGGCUAUCUCCAAAGCCUUUUACUCCAGCCUGUUGACCACACAGCAUGCUGUGUUGGACGGGCUCCUUCAUGGCCUGACAGUUCCGCAGCAUCCUUUCCACACACCCCCAGGAGCUCCACAAGUGAGCCAGCCACUGCGGGAGCAGUGUGAGGAUCUGCCUGGGGCCAUAUCCUCUGCCCUAGCAGCUAUGUGCACUGCUCCUGUGGGACUGCCCAGCUGCUGGGAUGCCAAGGAGCAGGUCUCUUGGCAUUUGGCAAAUCAGCUGACUGAGGACAGCAGCCAGCUGAGGCCGUCCCUCAUCUCUGGCCUGCAGCAUCCCAUCCUGUGCCUCCAUCUCCUCAAGGUUCUCUACUCCUGCUGCCACAUCAGCGAGCACCUGUGCCAUAUUCUGGGGCAAGACCCUCUGGCCUUGGAGUCACUAUUGAUGUUGGUCCAGGGCAAGGUAAAAGCAGCAGAUUGGGAAGAAUCCACUGAAGUGGCACUCUACCUCCUCUCCCUUCUUGUCUUUCGGCUCCAAAAUCUGCCUUCUGGAAUGGAGAAGCUAGCUGUUGAGGCUGCUACUCUCUUUACCCACUCACACGUCGUCUCUCUUGUGAAUGCAGCAGCCUGUCUCCUAGGACAGCUUGGUCAGCAAGGGAUAACCUUUGACCUCCAGCCUCGGGAAUGGAUCGCUGCAGCUGCACAUGCUCUGUCUGCCCCUGCAGAGGUCCGGCUGACUCCACCAGGUAGCUGUGGCUUCUACGAUGGCCUCUUCAUCCUUUUGCUGCAGCUUCUCACCCAGGUACAGGGAAAACUUAGCCUGACCAGAGAUGUGGCCAGUUCAGAAGUGUGGACCAUCCUGUGGCACCGCUUUUCCAUGGCCCUGAGGCUGUCUGAUGAUGUGUCUGCACAGGAGGAGGAACUGACACUCUCCAGUCCACCCAGCCCAGAGCCAGACUGGACACUGAUUUCACCCCAAGGCAUGGGAGCCCUUCUGAACCUGGCCAUGGCCACCUUCACCCAGGAACCCCAGUUAUGCCUAAGCCACCUGUCUCAGCAUGGAAGUAUCCUCAUGUCCACCCUGAAGCACCUGCUGUCACCCAGCUUCCUACUUCAUCUGAGCCAGGCGCCUCAGGGGCCCGAGUUUCUCCCUGCUGUGGUGCUCUCGGUGUGCCAGCUCCUCUGCUUCCCCUUCGCCCUGGAUGUGGAUGCUGACCUCCUCGCAGUUAUCUUGGCUGACCUUAGAGACUCGGAAAUUGCAGCCUCCCUGCUUCAGGUCUGCUGCCACCACAUUCCGUUGCCACAAGCAGAGCUGCCCAUCAGCCUCCUCACACGCCUGGCCCUCACGGAUCCCACCUCUCUCAAGCAGUUUGUGAACACAGUCGCUGCCUCCCCUAGAACUGUCAUCUCAUUCCUAUCUGUUGCCCUUCUGAGUGACCAUCCUCUACUGAUCUCCGACCUUCUCUCCCUACUGGCCCACACGGCCCGGGUUCAAUCCCCCAGUCAUUUGUCCUUUAUCCAAGAGCUCCUUGCUGGUUCUGAUGAAUCCUAUCGGCCUCUGCGCAGCCUUCUGAGCCACUCAGAGAACUCUGUGCGGGCCCGUACUUAUGGGCUCCUGGGACACUUGCUGCAACACAGCAUGGCCCUGCGUGGAGCACUACAGAGCCAGGCUGGACUACUCAGCCUUCUGCUGCUGGGGCUUGGAGACAAGGACUCUGCUGUGCGACGCAGUGCCAGCUUUGCAGUGGGCAAUGCAGCCUACCAGGCUGGUCCCCUGGGACCUGCCCUAGCAGCUUCAGUGCCCAGUAUGACCCAGCUGCUUGGAGAUCCUCAGGAUGGUAUUCGGCGCAAUGCUGCAACAGCUCUGGGCAACUUGGGACCUGAAGGAUUGGGAAAGGAGCUAUUACAAUGCCAAGUACCACAGCGGCUCCUAGAAAUGGCCUGUGGAGACCCUCAGCCAAAUGUGAAAGAGGCUGCUCUCAUUGCCCUUCGGAGCCUCCAACAGGAGCCCUGCAUCCAUCAGGUGCUGGUGUCCCUGGGUGCCGGUGAGAAAUUGGCUUUGCUGUCUUUGGGGGAUCAGUUACAGCCGCAAAGCAGUCCCAGACCUGCCUCUGUCAGACACUGUAGAAAACUCAUCCACCUACUGAAGCCAACCCAUAACAUGUGACCUCAGAUUCCUGGGGUCCUGCCUCCAGCCUUCAUUGCUCUACUGUUGCCAAGUCUUCCUUUUUCUCCUACACAAGCCACUAACUCAGUGGAGAGCUGAAGAGACUAAAAAAAAAUGAUAUGCUGCCAACUCCCCUGAGAGCUAGAAACUAGAAGAGAUUUAAGUAUAAAGUUCUUUCUUUCCAGUAAAUUCAAGAUGCUUUCAACCAGUAAACUUUAUUACUGUUGGUGCCAGAGAAAA